AUGGCAGCCUUAGAGGAUGAUGCCAAGGAAGAGAGUGGUUCAAUCGUGCCUCGACCCCUUCCUCCCGGGGCCCAGCCCGUGGGAUCCGUUGCAGCAGGAACCCAGGAGAAAGUUGCUUCGGCCACUGCUUCCGGACCUGUCAGCAACCCGCUGGCCCUGCGGCACGAGCGGUUGCAGGGCACGAUCUCGAAGUAUGUCAUGAGCAGCGGCACGGGCUUUGUGAAGAGUCAUUUGUUUGAAGGUGAGCUCGGCUUCAAAACCGAGAAUGUGAUGUUGGAGUGUCAGAACUACGAGUUCAAGGAGGAGGAGGGUGUCGAAUUUGAUGUUCAGGCAGAUGAAAGAGGCAGGCCUCACGCUGUGGCUCUGAAGCCUAUAGUGGGACGGAAGCCCAGCGACUGCCUAAACCAAAGGCACCGAGGCUAUGUACGUCGCUUUGCAGACAGGUGGGGCUUCCUCAAUGCAGCCGCCUUCGAUGGAGAUCUCUUCGUCCACAGGGAUAACUUGCUGCUCAUCCUAGACCAGAUCCAGGAUGGCCAGCCACCACUUCGAACGGGCCAGGCAGUCGAGUUCGAUGUUGCCCUGGACGACCGGGGUCGCACGGUUGCGAAGCAGAUUACCACCAGCGCGCUCCUGAGGCCGUGUGACUGGAUUGGCCGACGCCUCCAAGGUGUGAUCCGGUCUUUCCAGGGGGCCUGGGGCUUUGUCAACUCCGACAAGUUUGCAGGCGACCUCUUCGUGCAUCGCGAUGCCCUGCUUCAGCAGUUUCAAGAUGCCGAGUUGACAGCCGGCACCGUGGUGGAGUUUGACGUGGAGCGCGACCAUCACAAAAAGAGUGGCAAGAACAGGUUGGUUGCUCGACAGGUAGCGGUCCUCCACGCAUCCGUACAGGCAGGAGCAGGCUUUGGCGCCGGCUUUCAUGCCGGAUUGCCUGGUGGCAUGAUGCAGCAUGGGCUUGAUCCGAUGGCCUCCUAUGCGAACGGAGUUCCACCGGGUAACAUGUAUGCGGCCAGCAUGGGCCAGACGCCUUCAUAUCCACCUCAGACUUCCAUGUACUAUCAAGGUGCGCCUCCACCGAUGCCCGACCAGCCUUACGCCUUCGGCCAGCCGCCGUAUUCUUACGACCCCUAUGCGGCCCAACAUGGCAUGAUGCAGCCAGUAAACCCAGCAGUGCAGCCAGUAAUGCCCACGCAGUAUGGCCAGUCAGGAGCAUCUCCACAUUACGGGCAAUCGCCCAUCGCAGGUUCACAGCCUCCACAGGCGCAGGCGCCUUGCCAGCCGCCAUCCCAGUACCAAUCGCCAUACCAAGUGCCCUACGCAGGCCAGACGACUCAACCGGGUCCCUCACCAGCUCAGCCUCCAGAGACGGCGGCGGACAGCAACGAGCAGGCACAAGUGCUGCUCCAUAUCACAACGCAUGAUUGGGAACCAGAUCAGCCAGGACAGCUGCGGGUUCAGAAGGGGACACUGGUGAAUGUGUCCCACAGAGCAGCUCAUGGCUGGGUCUAUGCCGCGACAGUGAAGCACGGUGACCAGGCCCAUGAACCUCCAAACGAAGGCUGGGUGCCGCAGGCCGUCGCCAAGAGAGUUUCCCUUUGCCGGGUGGCUGCUGAUUGGCCCGAAGAGGGCGCAGGAACCUUGGGUCUCUUAAAAGGCGACCUCAUCGCGGUGUCCAAGGAGGCUGAGCGCGGCUGGGUGUAUGGCGAGAGAAUCAGUCCAAAGAGGCCGGAUAACAUGACAGAUGGAUGGCUGCCGAAGAAGGUUCUGGAGUACAUUUUGGUCUGA